GUUCUUCGAAAAAUUCGAAAAUAUUCAAAGAAAAUUUUUAUUUCUUAAAAAAAGGAAAUUUUUCAUUAGGCGGCGAUGCGAACAAAAAAUUUUAUAUUUCUUUUGGCUUUAGUGAUACUCUUCAGCUUUCUCCUUAUUAUCCUUGGUCCGGGGAAUAGCACUAACAUCACCAACAUUCAAAACAUAGCAAAUCAACAAUUUAAACAAAUUAAAGAAAAUCUCCGUACUGAGAAAGAGAAGCAACUCGAUGUAGAUGAGAAAUAUUUACGACUUUUAGGAUUUCAAGAAGAUGUCAGUACAACCCGGGGAGGUUCCACAAAUCUUCUCAACACAACCAAACAAAAUUUCUCAGUUGUGAGCUAUGUACUAGAAGGACAAUUAGCUGCAUCGAUACUACAACUUCAGAAUCUCGCCAGUGUCAUGGCAAAUGAAAAUCUUCACAUAUACAACUUGGGAUUGUCUGAAGAAGAUCUUCAGACUUUGUCAAUAACAUGCAAUAGCAGCAACAUUAAGUGCACUAUCAUUCAGCCUGACUUUAGUGUCUACCCUCUUUACAUCAUGGAUGACAAGUUUCAUCUUUAUCGACCACUCAUUAUUAAGCACGCUUUGUCAAAAUUCAAGACAAUUCUUUUCACAGGGAAUCAUGUGAGAUUGCGAGGCAAUAGUAAAGUGUUUUAUGACAUUAAAAGAAAAACAGAAGAACAAAAUCAUGUGAAGAGUCUCGAGAUUAAGAAACUACCUGUUACAAGCAGCACUCAUCCAAGAAUGUUCGACUAUUUUGACUCUGAUGAUGAUUCAUUUUUAUUUGUUCGUCAGGUGACACUUGAUGCUGUUUUCUUCCAUCAAAGUAAAUUCCUCGAUGAUAAAAUUCUCCUUCCAUGGAUAAAGUGCGUCUUGACACCUCAGUGUAUACAGCCAAUCGGUGCCAGUUCCAAUACAAAUCACUGCAAAUUCAACAAGAAACCAGCUUACAGGUAUUCAGGGUGCCACGGCUACGACGAGUCAGCCUUCAACGUCGUGUGCGGUUUAGCAUUUAAUUUUAACGAAGCUAAGUAUUCGUUGACUGAUAACGAUAGUGCAUUGUUCUACAAAGAAAAGCUCGAAGAUUCAAUAAGAAUUUUAGAGAUUAGAAAGAGAAACAUAAGCGAACAUCAUCCAUACACAAGUGAACAUCCUUAUAACGAUGAGUAAAGUAAAUAUUGACGUUGAAAUAUUGUGAAUUCAUCUUCAAACACAAAACUGGCUGUAAACAAAUUUUUAAUUUAAUUAAUUAUCAUUUUCUAGUUUGAUUUAUUCAUCAUUGUGUGCUUGAGUCGUAUGAAUGCUUGUAGUGAUAGGAAGCGAAUGAAUGCUCAUUAUUUAUCGAUAACAUGAAACCAGUCAAAAAAGAAAGACUUUUGAAUUAUUUCCAAAAAAGAAAAGAGAAUAAUUAGGGCUCGGAAUCAUGAAUAAUUCUGAUUCUGAAAAAGAAAAAAGAAGUUCUUAAAGUUUUAUCCAAUCCUUUCGAAUUCCGAUCCUAAGAUAAUUCUGAUGAUUUCCAUGUGAUUUACUGUGUCUCUAAUUCCAAUUUCUCAACAUUUUCAAUAUAAAAUCUUCUUAUGAAAAUAUUCCCUUAUUAUAAUUAACUCCGAAACCUAUUCUAGCUCCAGAAAAAGAAACCUUUCCGAUAUUUGUAAGAGCCUCAUAUCAAUGAACCACAUUUGAUGAAGAAAGAAACAGUUGAGAAUCUUUAAAUACGUAACGUACUUAAAUUCCAUAAUGAUUAAUGAAGAAACCACUUAAAAGAAACA